CAUUCUUCCAUCCAAGUCCAACCACUUGCACAUCAUAGAAGAUAACAUAGAGAGACUAGUUCACAUUUACAAUCACAUACUAAAAAUGGCAUCAAUCACCAUGACAGCUUCAAUCCUUGGUUGUCCGGCCGUAAGCAACCGCUCAACCGUCGCAACACCGAGGAGACUUGUUGUCAAAGCUAUCCGAGCAGUCGAAGGAGAAAAGAUGGUGAGGUAUGAAAAUGACAAAGAGGGUAACAAUGGAAGAAGAAACUUGAUGUUUGCUGCAGCAGCAGCGGCUGUUUGCUCUGUUGCUGGUGUUGCAAUGGCAGAUGAUGAACCAAAAAGAGGUACUCCAGAAGCCAAGAAAAAGUAUGCACCUGUUUGUGUCACUAUGCCAACAGCUAGAAUCUGUCGCAAUUGAGUGUCUUGGUUUAUUUUUCUUGAUUGGUAAUGUACAAUAAGGUUGUUCGUUACUGUACUAUUAUACUAGUUGUUCAUAUCAUCAUAAUAAAGUUUAUCUUAUCUUA